AUGAGCGACUACUCCCACGUCCCAGGGGGCUCACUGAAAUUCAAGGGACAGAGCGACAAGAAGAAGAAGAAGAAAUCACAUUCAUCGGGGGAAAGGACGAAAGUGGAGAAUGAAAUCAAGUUGAAAGAGGCUCAAAGAAGGGACAGAGACGUAUCUGACGAGGAGGAGGAGGAGAGAGAGGGAAGUGAGAGGCCAAAGAAGGACGAAAGUAAGAUGACGGAAGCGGAGAGACGGUUCUUGGAGACUCAACGGAAGAGGAGAGAACAAAGAGUCAAAGAACUAGCGAAGAAAACUCACAAAGAUAGGGUAUCAGAGUUGAAUGCCAAAUUGGAUAGGUUGAGUGAACAUCACGACAUGCCAAAGAUUGGUCCUGGAUGA